AGUCUCCUCUCCUUACCUCUGAGAAUCUUCUGACGACUGUCCGUACGAAACCAGGAACGUUUCUUGCCUUCUCUCCUUCGUCUCGCCGUUUCCAUCCCAACUUCUCGAAAUACCCCCGCACGUGAUCAUCUGACCACCUCUCGUGCGACCCUCAUUUCCCAUUAUACCUCUCCAUGAAGAAGGCCUGAAGCUUCUCUUCAUGUCUUCUUCCUCUCUCUCUCCUCUCUGUUCCUUUUGCCUUCUUUAAUGGUGGGAGGAGGAGACGGCGAGGAGGGGCGAUUCUUGCAAGGGGCUAUGGAUUCGAUGCCCGUCUUCGCCAAGGAACUCGUUGCUGGGGGCGUCGCGGGCGGGUUUGCGAAGACGGUCGUCGCUCCGCUUGAGCGUGUCAAGAUCUUGUUUCAGACCAGAAGAGCAGAGUUUCAGAGUAUAGGAUUGUGGGGAUCUUUCAGAAAGAUUGCAAAGACAGAAGGUUUAUUGGGGUUUUAUAAAGGAAAUGGAGCUAGUGUUGCUCGAAUUGUGCCUUAUGCAGCUUUGCAUUACAUGGCUUAUGAGCAAUAUCGCCGAUGGAUUAUACUCACUUUGCCUGGUAUUGGAAGAGGUCCUGUUCUUGAUCUCGUGGCUGGGUCCGUUGCUGGAGGAACAGCAGUUCUUUUCACUUAUCCCCUUGAUUUAGUCCGGACUAAGUUGGCAUAUCAGGUUGUUGGAUCAUCAAGGUUGAAUAUCGGAGGGCAAUUGCACACUGAGCCGAUUUAUAAAGGAAUUUCAGAUUGUGUUUCAAAGAUUUAUAGACAGGGUGGCAUAAGAGGCCUCUAUCGCGGUGCAGCCCCAUCACUGUAUGGAAUCUUUCCUUAUUCUGGAUUGAAAUUUUAUUUCUAUGAGGAGAUGAAAUCCCAUGUUCCUGAGGGCCACAAGAAGGAUAUCAUGGUUAACCUUGUAUGCGGUUCCGUUGCUGGCUUAUUGGGUCAGACAAUAACCUAUCCUCUGGAUGUUGUCAGGCGUCAAAUGCAGGUACAAACUCUAUCAGCAGCGACCAGAGGAGAAGUGAAGGGUACAUUGGAGACCCUUGUUAUGAUCACUCAAAAGCAGGGGUGGAGGCAGCUUUUUUCGGGGCUGAGCAUCAAUUACAUGAAGGUAGUGCCGUCAGUGGCAAUUGGUUUCACCGUCUAUGAUGCUAUGAAGACAUGGCUGAGAGUUCCGGCCCGUGAUGACAAGGCCAUUGAGGUAGCAACAGAAACAAGAAAUACUCAUGAACCACCAUCCAUUCAUUCCUGACAACCGACCGUAAUCAACCUCAGCGAUGACCAGUUCUUUUUUUAACUAGUUAUCGGGGAUGUUGCGUUGAAAUCUGUUAUUUUCGUGAGAUCUGCCUCCAGGCCAGCUUCUGAUCAUUCAAUCUGUAAAUUCCAUUGUCCCAAGGUGUAAUCUCAUCAUAAUCCGGGCUCUAAUUUUCUUGGGGGGGCACGGAUACAUUGUUUCAAUAUACUGAAUAAAUCGUUGGCAGGCUGUGACAGGAACUUGUCCUUGAAAGAGCAGAGAGACAUCUGCAGAGAGAUACUGUAGCAAUAUAUCCAAAUUCAUUGUACUGCCAUUUUUCACUUCAGAAUGAGAUCAGAGAUCAUUGAUAUCCAAAUGA